AUGUCUAUCGCCGCGAGCACGCGACAACCACUUUUACUCCUCUCUCCUGAAAGAAGAAAAACGACGGAUAAUAGAGGUUGUCCUCUUCUUCUUCGCUCGUCUUUUUCUUCGAGGAAAGGGAGGAUUAAGACAUAUAUAAAGUCGUCGAAUGAAUCCUCCUCUGAAAUGCGUCUCUCGGCGGCGGAGAGGAAGGAAUUGGAGCGACAACGGAAACUGUUCGAAUCGGAACUGGCGAGAAGAGAGCGCGCGAAGCAAAGAAAAUCGGACGAGCCGGAUUACAAAAAGAUGUUUCGAGAGGAGGAGAAAAAAUUGAACGAAUCUUUGAUGUCUGACGACGAGAGUUUCGUGAACGAAGCGGACGUGGAGUUUCGGAGGCGACAGCUGAUGCUUCUGAAAGUGGAGAAAGAGUUGAAACCGAUGGCGAGAGGGUACGGAGUGUCCCCGUCCGGAACGAAAGCGAAGUUGGUGGAAAAGAUUCUCGAACACGAGAUGAAAACGCUGGCGAUGACGAGCGAUUUUAACGAAGAAGACGUGGUGGAAGGCGCGAGUUCGUGGAGGCGAGCGAGGAGCGUGGACGACGCCAAAGUCGCGAGCGAGAAGGAAGGCGAGAAUUGGGCGCAAACGGAACGGAGUCGAAUGUUGAAAGAUACGUACGGGUUUGGGCGAGAUGGUGAUGAUGAAGAAGAAGACACGUGGAGACGAGGUGAAGAUGACGAGGAAGACGAUGGCUUUACCUCGUACACGGAUAGCCGGUUCGGAAGAGAAGCGGACGAUUCGAUUUACGAGAUCGAAAGCGAUAAUCCGCACUUGGUUUUAUCGAAAGAUGUCAAGAAAAGAGCGACAGAACAGGAUUUGGAACGGAGAUACGCGAUGAUUAACGGUUUACGAGAGGUGGCGAAAUCAAAAGUUGGUUUAGAGAGAGAUUCGACGUUGAUUUUAAGCGCCAUCGCUUCCGCGAUUGAGGAGUUUUAUAAGAAAAACGCGAGAAGGUCGGCGUUUACGACUUUAGACAGGGCGAGGAAAGGUUUGCUUUUUGGACGCGGGAUUGAUGUCGUCGCAGAUAUCGACGUCGAUAAAGGGAAUUUUAGAUUACUCGUUCGCGUUUUAGGGAGGAACGGGACGAUUGAAAGAGAGUACGACGACGCCGCGUUUUUCGAUAAAUGGAUUCGUUCGGGAGGACGAAGACGCAUCGCAGAUUUAGGAAAAAUGUUGAACGAACACAUGAAACGAGAAGUUUCGUAUAAAGCAUCGGAGUAUUACGACGAGUACAUGGUUGGUGAAAUUGUCACCGGAACAGCUCGAUUGAGAGGGUACGACGACGAGUGGCUCUUAGAUUUACCAAACGGCGCGACGGCGACGUUACCGGCGUCGGAACAGAUUCCAGGUUCAGCGAGCGAUUUCGUCCAAGGCGACGAGGUCGUCGUUCUAGUUUUAGGCGUGGACGAUAACCAAUACGCGGCUGGUCAAAAGGCGCCCGUUUUAGUCUCCUCGGCGGUCGCUGGCGUCGUUGCCGGGGUGAUCACCGCGCAAGUCCCCGAGUUGAGAGACGGUAAAUUGCAAAUCGUAAACAUCGCAAGAAUUCCCGGUAAAUCUACGAAGAUUAUUGUCAAAGCGAACGACCCGGAAGUGAACGUGCGCGAAACUUGCUUAGGCGUCAAUUACGAACGCAUCGACCGCGUGAAACAGUUGAUUUGUUCCGGCGACGAGUUGAUUCAAAUCAUCGACUUCAAGAAUGGACGUUUGACAGGUUUGGUGCAACAAGCGCUCUUCCCGGCGUCGUGCACGCGAGCAAAGAUGGUCAAGAAACCCAUAUUUGAAGACGAAUUCGUGAAAAUAGACGAGCGCGGUAGAAUCAUUCGAAACAGAAGAGACGGAAGUGUGAUUGAAGCGCAAGCGAUGGUGGACGAUGCCGACCAGGGAGAAGAAGCGAACGAGUUUGACGAUUACGACGACGACGAGGAAGAAGGUUUACUCGUGAAGAAUGCUAUCGAUGACGAUGACGACGACGACGAUGAAACAACAACAGACGAAGAAGAGCCUGUGAGCGACGGGUACGGAUCCGCAGACGUCGGCGCAGACGACGAUUAUUACUUUGAGAAUGUUAAAUAUCGCGAGUUCGGUAAAAUUGAAGCCAUAGUCCUUAAAGACGAUUUAUCUAAAGCGAUUGGUUCGAACGGAACGAACGUCAAACUCGCCGCGUCCGUGUGUCGAUGCUUCAUCGAAAUCUUCACGGAAGACGGCGAAGCUGGCGGAUAUAGCGGCUUCGGAGAAGAGCGCCGCGAUGGUGGCUUCAACUCGUACGACAGGAACAGCUUCAACGACAACAAUCGAAGAAGAGAUUUCGACCGUAACGACGAUAACAACAACGAUAACCGCUGGUCGGAAGACCUGAGCUGGAACCGCGACAACUUUGCCUACGACGACGAAACUUCCGCGAACUACAACGACAGUUCGUCCUUCUACGACGAUUUAAUCGGCACUCUCGAAGACGAAUCCUGGCGCGAAGUUCCGCAAGGCAAGCCGAUGGACUUGACCGAUGAUAACAUUAGCAUGGAACUGGACGCCUUAAACGAACAAAUCCGUAGAAACCGCGAAGAAGGAGAAAGAGAAGAGGAAGAAGUUGUCAUAGCGCCGCCGCCGCGUGAUUCUUCUUCGGCAGACGAAGAAGACCACCAAAAGCUCUUUGCGAAAAUGGAAGCGCUCGAAUUUGACGACGAGGACGACGAAGAAGGCGGUGUUGGUAGUGGUGCCUUCAACGACGUGGACGACGACGACGACGACGAAUUCUACGACGACCUCUGGGAAGACGACGAAGACGACGACGAAGAGGACUAA